AUGGUGCCGAAGACAAGGAUGCCGCGGCGUUAUGCUUCUACUGUGCCAGUGCUCAGAUACAAGUACGAAGACGAGAAGGAGGAGGAGAGGGUCCUCCUCGCCAAGCUACCAAGCUCCAUCAAAGCACGGGAGAUGAGCCUAACCCUAGGCAAAGCAAUCCUCACGAUCCCAGCCGCCGGCGCCGGCGCCUUCCACGCGCUCACUGGCAUCCUCCUCAGCCACGCCAAGCUUGACGCCGGCGGCGAUGGCCACGCCCAUCUCGGGCACCUCCUCUCGUCAUCCUGCAGCCCGCGGCUGCGGAGGCUGCGGCUCAGGUACGUCGAGGGGAUCGCCGAGCUGCGGCUCGACGCGGCUGCCACGCUGGAGGAGCUCCAGCUGCUACGCCUCAACGGCCUCCGGUCACUGGACGUUGCAGCGCCCGGCCUGCGCGUGCUCGCCAUCGAGGAGUGCUACGGGAUCUCGGCGCCACGGCUGGAGGCGCUGGCGUGCGAUCACAUAGGUUGCGUGGGGCGGCUGCGCUUUGACGACGACGGCACGGCGUGCCUCCGGAGCAUGGAGAAGCUCCGCCUGUCGUCACACCGCCGGAUCUGGCUCCGCGGCACAGGCAGCUCAGAAGAUGAUGGCUGCGACAUGAGUGCGGCGACCUUGUGGUUCCUGCGGCACUGCACUGCAGUGAAUCGGCUCGGCGUGCAGUUGGAGUUGCCCUGGCGCCAGAUGGUGGCUAAGAAGGUGAUGAAUGGAGAAGAAGUUGAUUACGAAGACAACAUGCUGCAGAUACCGCAGCUUCCCCACGUCAGCAAUUUGAAAAUUGAAGUAGGUGACUGGCCAACAGGUGGACAUACAAUUGGAGCCACCGUAGCCAAGUUCAUUGCAAAGUGUACUGAAAUUGAAAAUCUCUCCAUUGACAUAAGCUACUUGGUCGAGAGGUGCUCCGAUCCAAACUGCUUCUGCAGCCACCCAAAGGGCUGGGAGGAUCAGAAGCUUCUCUUGGAACACCUAACAAACAUAGAGAUCAAAGGCUUCCUACCAUUUGACAGCCAGAUACGCCUCGUGCAGCUGUUGCUCGCAAGCACACCAUCACUUGAGAGAAUGACUCUGGCUCUUCAGAUGCUAGGAGUUGAAGGAAGUGAGGCGGCAAUGGAGCCGAUGAAGAUAAUCUAA